AUGCUUCAAGAGUCGCUGUAUGAUGUGCUGCUGGUCAACCAAGAUGCCAGCUUGGACGAGAUAAAACUUGCCUUUAAGCGGCGAGCGUUACUGGUUCACCCAGAUAAAGGUGGCAGCAAAGAGGCCUUUCACGUGGUUUACCAGGCACUUGAGACAUUGGCUGACCCUGCAGCCCGAAAAAAAUAUGAUCGUUCGCUCACUCUCCAGUCCAGAGGGGCGGCGCAGCAGCGGCAGAGUGAGACAAAGGGCAAGAAGAAGGCUGCAAAGAAACGCCGUGCUGCGGCUGCGACUGCAAAUCAAGGAAGCCCUGGAGCGGAGAAGGGUACCACAGCAGGAAACAUGGAAGCUGAAGCAAACUCAAAUCAGCCUCGGCAAACCCAACUUUUGAGGAAAGUUCGAGAUCUCUUGAAGCAGUUGCCACGAGAUUUGCGCAACGAGGUCUUUAUCAAAGAAUUCUCGCAGAAACAGCGCCUGAUUCUGGAAAAAUGGAUGGUUGAUACAUCGAAAGCACCAGCUCAAUUAGAAACCAAACCAGUAGCUGAGCUGGCUAAGAAGCGGCGGAUGCAACCGGCUCUCACCGAUUCUGCUGAUUUGAAUGAAAGCCUUGUACCUAGUGCAGGUAUUGAUCGGACGCUCUCUGCUUCACCACUAGAAGCUAAGAAGAGAUCAAGAAAAAAACAAAAGUCAGAGAGGAAACGCAAACUUUCCAGUUCUGGAAGUGUCUACAAGGUCAAUGGGGACACUCACUACAGGGCCUGCAUUCGCUUUGACGCUCUUGACAUACAUACGGGCCAGUAUGAUUUGCAGACAGCUCUUGAGUACUUGGUGAUUCUGACCUCGGUGAAGCAAAAGAUGCUGGACUGUACCACGAAACAAAGCAUCCCUUUCCACGAACGCUUGCAAGAAGCAUUGAUCGAAUCUGCUGCUGAGCAAGGACGGGACUAUGCUGACCUGGACCUUCGCUUUGCCAUUCAUCAACCAGCUGGCUUUUUAGUCGCCCAGGGUUUUCAGGUGCGAUCCCCAAGUGUUCGCAGCCUUUCAGACCUGGGAAAGCUUCGCAAUUGCUUGCGUCCUUUUCGGAAGUUUGCAUGGAAAUGGGGUAGGAGCAGCAUUUUUUGGUGGUACAGCCCCGUGCAAUUGCAAGAUGCAUGGGAGAGCUUUCAACAGGCAGUGGCCACUGCAUGGGAGAUAGGAGGGGUUGAUAGCACCGAAUACAUCGGCAGGAUUCGUGCUCGUCGGGAGGCAAACAUCUCUGUGCGCAACAGACACCUGCAAAUGUGGGAAUGUCGGCACAUGGCUCUGCAAGACAAAAACCGGCAUCGUCCAAAAAGACUGCGAACACCUGUAGCCUUUCGCAGUCAGACUUGGGAGCGGCAGCAUAUGGGCAGGGAGGACCGGACAAUACACCAACGGAGUGCUCCAAGAACUGCCCGAAGGCCUGGGGAAAUCUUGGCUGCGAAGCUGUCAGUUUUGAAGAGGCUGCUUGGGAAAUGGGGACGACUGUUGAAAGCAGAGGCACAAUUAAUGGACAAAGAGCGCCACAAACUGUUCCGCCAGCAAAAGAAGCACAGAGAAGAGCAACGAAGACUGGAAGCCCUGCGACGGAAACGCAUUCGAGAGCAAGAACGCUUCAGGAGAGCAGAGAAAGAGGAAAGCCACCGAGGAUGGUAUCCUGGAAGAAUUCUGCAGCUGUGCAGCUUGAUCGCUUUUUCACUUGACCUGUCCAGUAAGGCGACUCCCGAAAAGCAAAGGAAAGCACUAAAGACCGUGGCUGCUGAAAAGGAGAGCCAAGAACCACAAGGCGAACCAGCUGAGCCGAACAUCGAGGAAGACUCAGACUUUAAUUCUUCAGACCUGGAUCCUGUGCUUUGGGCAGUGGGUGGCCAGCCGUUGGAGGAAUCAGGCAAGGCUGCUGAGCGCAUCAACCAGCGCCGGCAGAACAAGAAGAAGAAACUCAGGAGGAAAGCCGAAGGUCAAAAGACCGCGGUGCAAAGAGCCAGAGAGAAGUGUCAGGCCACUCCUGAAGCAAGAGCACUUCUGGCACGAGGUCAUGCGCAGUACUCCAAUGGUGACUUUGCUGAUGCCAUUGAGACAAUGAAGGCUGCAAUCAGAGAACAGCCGGGACUCGCAGAUCCAUACCAUGUCCUGCACUUGAUCCACACGGAGCGUGGGGAAGAAAAGAAGGCACUGGAUGCCCUGCUUCUCUCUGCGUACUUCACUUCUCCCUCUUCUGAGGCGCGUCCAGUGUGGCGAAAGGUCGCAGACUUGUCCCUCCGACUUGGGCAAAUAGACCAGGCUUGCUAUGCCUUCAGACGAUGCGUCCCUGCAGCGGGUUCACGCAGCGAAGACGACUGGAAGUCGUUGUGGCAGCUCUCCCAAUUGCUCUUCAAAAAGGACAGGCCGUGGUUACACC